AUGGAGGGCGACAACUCCUACUACUGCGAGGAGCUGGGGACCCGGGUGGCGGCGGUGAGGAGGACCGUCAUCAAGGAGCUGCCCCAUACGCUGGUGAUACACCUCAAGAGGUUCGAGUACGACCACCUGAACAUGACGAGGUAUAAGCUGCGAGACCGCUUCGAAUUCCCCGUCGUGUUGGACAUGUUCAAGUACACAGCGGACGGGCUGGCGGCGCUCGAGGCGACAGGCGGUGCAGACGGGGCAACACGGCCGCGGAACUGCUACUUGUACGAGCUCAAGGGUAUUGUCGUACACAGCGGUACGGCAUUCGCAGGACAUUACUACUCCUUCAUCAAGGAACGACCCCGGGUUGUGGCGGAGGGCAGUUGGUACCGCUUUGACGACAAGGUGGUGUCCCCCUGGAGCAUUCUUGAUCUGGAGGCGGACUGCUUCGGAGGAAGACCCACAAGCAGCACCGGCGGCGGCAGAGCGGAUGCGGAACGGCCUUACAGCGCGUACAUGCUCUUUUAUGAGCGCCGCGACUCGCCGUCAUACGACAAACCCGCCGCCGAGAUGCUUGCUGUGCCGCGGGACCUGGUCCUCGCGGCGGCCGCCACGCCUACUGCCACGCCGACACCCGCACACACACCGAAUGGCGAGGGGUUCGGAGGUGGAAAGGGCCCGGAGCAGCAAAGGCCUGCGUCAGGGACGUUGAUGGCUACGUGCGAGGCUCCGGAAAGGGGGGCCGCGCGGCUUCGGGGGCCGGGCGGAGGUGACGGAGGCGAGGCAGAAGACAUGGAGACGGACGGGCCGCAGGAGGCUCAACAGCAAGAGACGGUGGGGCCCCCCAGGUCGCCGCCGCCUGCUGAGCCGUCCAUAAUCACGACACCGUACGGCAUGCCCGUACUUUUGUAUCAAAAUGUACUACGGGAGAAUUUGCAGCUCAUCCACAAGUUGCAUGUAUUGAAUAAGGAAUACUUUGCGUUCGUUCGGCAGGUGAGGACACUGGAGGGCAAAUGCUAA